AACUUCCAUCUCAAGACCCAACCAAACGCUGCGAAACAUACAAAAGAAGCCGCAAGCAAGCAACACGAUCAGCCCUCUCCCGAAGCCGGUAGGUUGGCAGAAAAAUAACCACGCACAGAGAGAGGGGGGCGAGACGAGGGAGAGGGAGGAAAAAAAAAAAAAGGAAAAACCAUUUCAGCGCAAGCGCAGCGAGCGAAACGAAAGAGACUUGUAGCGAAAGGCCAAGGGCGACGUCAAAUCCAUUCCUCUCCUCCUCCCCUCUCCACAGGCUUGCGAGACGAGGACCCUAGGCCGCGGCGCGCGGGGGAGAGAGAGGGAGAGAGAGAGCCGUGGCGGAGCGGCCGAGCCGAGCCGAGCCUCUCGCGUGACGGAGGGGCGGAGGCGCGCGCGGGGGAGGGGAUGGCGACGCCGACGCCCAUGGCGGGGGAGGGGACGCUCGCGGCGGUGAUGCCGCGGUCGCCGUCCACUCCGGCGGGUUCGGCGGGGUCGGCGGCCGGGGCGCCGAUGCUGAUAUUCCUCUACUUCCACAAGGCGAUCCGCGCGGAGCUGGAGGGGCUGCACGCGGCGGCCGUGCGCCUCGCCACGGAGCGCGCGGGCGACGUGGAGGCGCUCGCCGAGCGCUGCCGCUUCUUCGUCAACAUCUACAAGCACCACUGCGACGCCGAGGACGCGGUUAUCUUUCCAGCACUUGAUAUCCGAGUCAAGAAUGUCGCAGGAACCUAUUCUCUUGAGCAUAAAGGGGAAAACGAUCUCUUCAGCCAAUUGUUUGAUCUGUUACAGCUGGACAUUCAAAAUGAUGAUGGUCUUCGAAGGGAACUGGCAUCCUGUACAGGAGCCAUUCAAACAUGUCUCUCCCAACAUAUGUCCAAAGAAGAAGAGCAGGUUUUUCCAUUGCUUACAAAGAAGUUUUCAUAUGAAGAGCAAGCAGAUUUAGUGUGGCAGUUCUUAUGCAACAUUCCUGUAAAUAUGAUGGCAGAGUUCCUCCCCUGGCUUUCAGCUUCGGUUUCUUCUGAUGAACAUGAAGAUAUCCAUAGCUGCUUAUGUAAAAUAGUACCGGAAGAGAAACUCCUUCAACAGGUUGUCUUCACAUGGAUGGAAGGGAAAGCAGCAAGAAAAGUAUCACAGAAUUCCAGCGAUUCUAAUUCAGAAGCAAGCUGCGAUUUCAAGGAUGCCUCCUCCAUUGAUCAUGCAGAUAAUCAUAUUUGUUCACAUGAAGAUUCUAAAGUUCGCAACAAAAAGUACACAGAAUCUAUUGAUGGUCGGGUUGACAGGCAUCCCAUAGAUGAGAUUUUGUAUUGGCACAAUGCUAUCCGUAAAGAGUUAGUUGACAUAGCAGAGGAGACAAGAAGGAUGCAGCAAUCUGGAAAUUUUUCUGAUAUAUCAGCUUUCAAUGCAAGGUUGCAGUUUAUUGCAGAUGUGUGCAUCUUCCACAGUAUUGCCGAGGAUCAGGUUGUAUUUCCUGCAGUUGAUAGUGAGCUGUCCUUUGUACAUGAGCAUGCUGAAGAAGAGCGCCGAUUUAACAAUUUUAGAUGUUUAAUUCAGCAAAUCCAAAUAGCAGGAGCAAAAUCAACUGCGCUGGACUUUUACUCUGAAUUGUGUUCACAUGCUGAUCAGAUAAUGGAGACAAUUGAGAAGCACUUCUGUGAUGAAGAAACCAAGGUGCUUCCUCAAGCUAGGAUGCUUUUCUCUCCUGAGAAGCAAAGGGAACUUCUGUAUAAAAGUUUAUGUGUUAUGCCAUUGAAGCUAUUGGAACGUGUUUUACCAUGGUUAGUGUCCAAGCUGAGCGAUGAGGAGUCAUCUUCUUUUCUUGAAAAUAUGCGCUUGGCAGCACCAUCAUCGGAAACAGCACUGGUUACUCUUUUCUCUGGUUGGGCAUGCAAAGCUCGUUCGGAGGACAAAUCCAAUUCUGGAGAGUACUUAUGCUUGACAUCUGGAGAAGCAAGAUGCCUAUUGGAUGAAGUAGAUGGGCUUGAAAAAUGUCGGCCAUUCUGUCCAUGUGCUUCACGUAGCAAUGCAGUUAUUUCUCUGCAUUCGCAAAUUGAAAAUGGUUCUAGGCCAGGUAAGCGAGGAAAUGAUGAAGAAGCUGUUUCUGCUACUAAUGGAAGUGACUUGUCUCAAACUGAUGACACUGAAGCACGUCCAUGUACCAAGAAACCUUGCUGUAUUCCUGGGUUGAGAGUAGAAACUGGCAAUCUUGCUAUUAGUUCAUCGCUGGCUUCUGCAAAGUCAUUUCGCUCUCUAUCAUACAACUCGUCUGCUCCUUCAUUAUAUUCAAGUCUUUUUUCCUGGGAGACAGAUGCAUCUCUAUCUUGUUCAGAUGGCAUAUCAAGGCCAAUCGAUACCAUAUUCAAAUUUCAUAAAGCGAUUCGCAAGGAUUUAGAGUACUUAGAUGUUGAAUCUGGAAAACUAAUUGAUGGUGAUGAGUCUUGCCUUCGCCAAUUCAUUGGAAGAUUCCGUCUACUGUGGGGUCUUUACAGGGCGCACAGUAAUGCUGAGGAUGAAAUUGUUUUUCCUGCUUUAGAGUCAAGAGAGACAUUGCACAAUGUCAGUCAUUCGUACACUCUUGACCACAAGCAAGAAGAACAAUUAUUUGGAGAUAUAUCUGACGCCCUUGCUGAGCUUUCACAGCUACAUGAUAGGAUGACUCACCCGCAUGUUGAAGUCAGCGAUGCAGAGAAAAAUGUUUCUCAUUCUUCUGAUGAGAUUGAUUGGAGAAGAAAGUACAAUGAGCUUGCCACAAAGCUUCAAGGAAUGUGCAAGUCUAUCCGGGCUGCGUUGACUAAUCAUGUCCAUAGAGAAGAACUUGAGCUGUGGCCAUUGUUUGAUGAGCAUUUUUCUGUGGAGGAACAGGAUAAACUUGUAGGUCGUAUAAUUGGUUCAACUGGUGCUGAGGUUCUCCAAUCGAUGCUACCAUGGGUUACUUCAGCACUUACUCAGGAAGAGCAGAACAUGAUGCUGGAUACAUGGAAGCAGGCCACGAAGAAUACAAUGUUUGGUGAGUGGCUAAACGAGUGGUGGAAGGGAGCUCCAACAUCAUCUGAUUCUUCAGAAGAGGCAUCCUCUGCUCCAGAAGAUGGUGAUUUACAGGAUAAGAUUGACCAGAAUGACCAGACAUUCAAGCCUGGAUGGAAGGACAUAUUUCGAAUGAACCAGAGUGAACUUGAGGCUGAGGUGCGAAAGGUUUCACGAGACCCCACACUUGACCCCAGGCGGAAGGCCUAUCUAAUUCAAAAUCUCAUGACCAGUCGCUGGAUAGCUGCUCAGCAGAAGCUACCAGAGCCAAAAUCAGAAGAAUGUAGUGAAGGUACUGGUAUCCCUGGAUGUGCUCCUUCAUAUCGAGACCAGGAGAAGCAAACAUUUGGUUGUGAGCACUACAAACGGAACUGCAAGCUUGUUGCCGCAUGUUGCAACAAGCUGUUCACUUGCAGAUUCUGCCAUGAUAAAAUUAGUGACCAUACGAUGGAAAGGAAAGCGACACAGGAGAUGAUGUGCAUGUUAUGCUUAAAGGUUCAACCUGUUGGUCCAAAAUGUCAAACUCCAUCUUGCAAUGGGCUGUCCAUGGCAAAGUAUUACUGUAACAUCUGCAAAUUUUUUGAUGAUGAAAGGACCGUGUAUCAUUGCCCAUUUUGUAAUUUGUGUCGUCUUGGGAAAGGUCUUGGUGUUGAUUUCUUCCACUGCAUGAAGUGCAAUUGCUGCCUUGGGAUGAAACUAACAGAACAUAAAUGCCGGGAGAAAGGGCUAGAGACAAACUGUCCAAUCUGCUGUGAUUUCUUAUUUACAUCAAGCGCGGCAGUUAGAGCUCUUCCCUGUGGCCACUUCAUGCAUUCAGCUUGCUUUCAGGCAUACACUUGUAGUCACUACACUUGUCCUAUCUGCUGCAAAUCCUUGGGAGAUAUGGCAGUGUACUUUGGGAUGUUGGAUGCCUUGCUGGCUGCUGAAGAGCUUCCUGAGGAAUACCGUGAUCGGUGUCAGGAUAUACUAUGUAACGAUUGUGAAAAAAAAGGGAGGUCUCGAUUUCACUGGCUGUAUCAUAAAUGCGGCUCAUGUGGUUCUUAUAAUACCAGAGUUAUCAAGACUGAUACAGCAGAUUGUUCUACACCAAACUAGCGUGGAAUUAUUCUUUCUUUUUCGUUUUCACAUAUGUAAAUAUAGUCGUACCAUACAUUGUGUAGUUGUGUAGCAUAGCUACCAUAUUUUUCAUCCCAUAGCUAGAUCAUUUUUGUCCAGCUUAGCGUGCAUUCUACUAGGUCUAGUCUAAGCUAUCAAAACGGACACUACUUGCACCUUCCUUUGCCAGUUCCAUUCUGCCGUGAAUCCCUUCAACGCAAGUAUGUAGUAUAUAACUAUGCACCGAUCCAGUACAAUAUCUCGUGAUCCAUUUAUGCGUGU